CUGAAACUUUGAACGGCCAUAACUCGGCCCAAAGUCAUUUUGCAAGAAAACGGAUAUUACUUCUCAAUAGGAAGUUCGGGGUCUUUUAUCGGAUGUACCAAAAAUACCAAAUUCGCAGUUCCAGUAAAAGAUGGUUCGUUAUCAGGUUAUUCAAAUCCAUAAAAAUUUUCUUUUUGAUUUCUUCAGGUUUUCAAUUCCUUUUUAAAAAAUCUUCCAAAAAAUAUGCAACAAGCAAAAACAAAAAUACCAAUAAUAUCUUUUUCAAAAAAUAAAUGCAAAGGAGGAAAUCCCAGCAUAAGCCAAUAUCUCCUCCAUUUCCCUCUCUUUUACCUCUUUUAUCUUGCCUAUUGAUCCGCCAUUUCUCUACAUAUAUUUUAGCCUCGUAAAGCCAGCCGAGAAAUAUAUUGGCAGUCUUUCCCUCAUUUUCUCUUACUCAAUACCCGGACAUGUUAAAAAAGACUUG